UUCAUAACCGGCUCGCGCAAGUUUGUUUUGAAAUUGGACGUUUGUCGAAUAUUCGCUCUAUUAUAGGCCUAACGCUUCGCUUCGCUGACAAAUGAAACCUUGUAACUGGUUCCCGCCUUACUUUACGAGGUGCGAAAGCAGUGGGACAUCACCUGACGAAAGAGAUAACAGGAAUUCUCUGUUCUCCUGAGUGCCCUUCUCUUACGUUGAACGUCAAACAGGUUGUUGGCGUACGGGAAUUCCUGUAAGGACCCGCUUUGACACUCGCUAAGUCCCCGCUUUCGACCUUUUUAAAACAAAGCUAAUAAUCAUGGGAGAAGAAAUGGACGGCAACUCAAUUCUAGCCGAGGCUUUGAAACUUCAGGGGGUUGAAUAUGUGUUCGGCAUUGUGGGCAUCCCUGUCAUUGAGUUGAGCAUGGCAAUGCAGGCUGUAGGAAUGCACUAUGUUGGGUGCCGUAACGAGCAGGCUGCUUGCUACGCUGCUCAAGCCAUGGGAUAUUUGACUGGCAAACCGGCAGUUUGUCUUGUAGUGUCUGGCCCCGGGCUUCUUCAUGUCUUUGGUGGAAUGGCUAAUGCACAAAUCAACUGUUGGCCGUUGAUAGUUAUUGGAGGAUCAUGUCCUCAAGACCACGAGGGUAUUGGUGGGUUUCAGGAAUGUAAUCAAGUUGAACUUUCUCGACCAUAUUGCAAGUAUGCUGCUCGCCCUCCACAUCCCAAACUUAUUCCAACUCAUGUGGAAAAGGCAUUUCGUUUAGCAACUUAUGGAAGACCUGGAGUGAGCUAUCUUGAUUUCCCUGGAAAUAUGUUAAGCAUGUCAGUUCCAUCUGGGGAUAUUUACUUAGCCAGUAAAGUUCCUGCCCCACCAUUAGCAUACCCAGAUCCUAUCCAAGUUAAGGAGGUAGUGUCAGUGCUUGGCCAAUCAAAGCGACCCUUGGUUAUUAUUGGUAAAGGAGCUGCUUAUGGCAAAGCAGAAUUAGCCCUCAGAGAUUUAAUCAGUAGCUGUAAUUUACCCUUUUUACCCACACCAAUGGGCAAAGGAGUAGUGUCAGAUACAGAUGAGCACUGUGUUGCCCCAGCUCGCUCUGCAGCUCUACAAAAAGCAGAUUGUAUUCUUCUAUUUGGGGCUCGUUUGAACUGGAUUCUUCAUUUUGGCCGCCCUCCAAGGUUCAAUCCCAAUGUUAAAAUAGUCCAGGUAGACUUAUGCCCUGAGGAGUUCCACAACAGCCGUAUAAGCACAGUUGCUCUCCAAGGGGAUAUUCAAGCUACUUGCACCUUGAUAGUGAAAGAAUUGACCUCUCAAGGUUGGCAUAUACCAAGUUCUAGUCCAUGGUGGAACUUACUGAAGGAAAAAGUGCAAAACAAUAAGAUGACUGUUGGUAAAAUGAUUGCAGACAUCAGACCCCCUCUAAAUUAUUAUGCAGUUUUCCAACAUAUUCAGGACAUUAUUCCAAUAGAUUCUAUAAUAUGUAGCGAGGGAGCCAACACUAUGGAUAUUGGGAGAACUCUUUUGGCAAAUAUACUGCCUCGCCAUCGUUUAGAUGCUGGAACUUUUGGGACAAUGGGUGUUGGUUUGGGUUUUGCUGUCGCUAGUGCCUUAUGGUGUCAGAGAUAUUCUCCUCAAAAGCGUGUGAUUUGUGUUGAGGGUGAUUCUGCCUUUGGCUUCUCAGGAAUGGAGGUUGAAACUAUGUUCAGGUACAAGCUACCUGUGGUCAUUAUUGUGAUUAACAACAAUGGAAUUUAUGGAGGCUUUGAUCAGGACACAUAUAAUGCUAUAAGAGAUGGAGCUGAUCCCACACAAGUGACACCACCUACAGCUUUGACUGUCAAAGUACGCUAUGAUAACAUCAUGACUCUUUUUGGUAGGAGAGGAUACUUCUGUAGCACAAUCCCUGAGGUACAAGAUGCUGUAAAGGAAUGCUUAAAGAUUGUUGAUGGCCCCUCUGUUAUUAACAUAGCAAUAAAUCCAGCUGCUGACCGAAAGCCUCAGCCAUUUAACUGGCUCACAGAGUCAAAGCUUUAAAUGAAGUCAAAAACACCAGGCUGAUACAUUUAGUCUUAUGCAAUGCGCUCUUUUAUUAAAUGAAAUAUGGAUGCUACAAAGUCUUUAACAUUGGUGGGGAUAAGGGGGUGAGUAACAUACAUAUUGCUCAUUUCUUGAAACAACUGUGUGCCUUGAUUUGGUCCACAGUAUUCAUUUAUAAAUGUAAUAAAUAUAUUGUAAACACAAA